AUAAUAGUUGGUUGAGACCAAAAUUCUCGUGUUAAUCAUUACCAUUAGUUCUCUGCUUUUCAAAUGGCUUCAACAAAUCUCACACAUUCCACAAUAGAACACCAAACAAAGGCUGUGCAACAAGAAGCAAGUGAUCAAGAAGACCAUGAUUUUAAGGAGCUAAUUCUCUCACUCCCUAGAGAGAAUGGUUGGAUAACCCCAGAUUUCACUUUUUUCCAAGGCUUUUGGUGUGUAUCAACUCUAAUCCAACCCAUAAUCACUUUUCAAAAGCAAUUUCAAGCCAAAGACAGUGAUAUUCUUGUAGCCACCUUGCCAAAAUCAGGCACAACCUGGUUGAAAGCCCUUACCUUUGCCAUCACCAACCGCCAGCGCUUCUCCCCCUUAGAGGAUCACCACCCUUUACUCAAAUCCAAUUCCCAUGAGCUUGUGCCUUUUCUUGAAAUCAAUUUUUAUGGCCAAACCCUUGAUGGCAUUCCUCAAUUUGACAUGUCAAAAAUGACUGAGCCAAGAAUUUUUGGUACUCAUAUUCCUUUCAAUUCAUUGGCUAAGUCAAUUAAGGACUCCAAAUGUAAGAUAAUUUACAUUUGUAGGAACCCAUUUGACACUUUUGUGUCUCAAUGGAUUUUCCUAAACAAAAUAAAGCCAGAGGAAUUACCUGAAUUCACACUAGAGGAAGCUUUUGAAAGGUACUGUAAAGGGGUAACUGAGUAUGGUCCAACAUGGGAUCACAUGUUGGGUUACUUGAAGGAAAGCGUAGCUAGACCAAACAAGGUGUUGUUCUUGAAGUAUGAGGAUCUUAAAGAGGAUGUCAAUUUUCAUGUGAAAAGAAUUUCUGAGUUUUUGGGUGUUCCUUUCACUCAGGAGGAGGAAAGUGGUGAAGUGGUUGAAAAUAUAAUCAAGCUGUGUAGCUUUGAGAAGAUGAAGGAUUUGGAGGUUAAUAAAUCUGGUACUUUGGGAUUGAACUUUGAGAAAAAGUACUUUUUUAGGAAGGCUGAAAUUGGGGAUUGGGUGAAUUAUCUUUCCCCUUCAAUGGUAGAAAAGUUGUCCAAAAUCAUGGAAGAAAAGUUAAGUGGAUCAGGGCUUUCAUUUAGGAGUGAUUAGCUACCUAGUGAUUAUCUGAUACACUGGUUAUUAUGUAUAAUAAGUGGCUACAUUAUAAGAGCUAUGCAUUUAGCUUAAAUGUGUGGCACCAAUGUUGUUGUGGUUUUUUCUUAUGGUAAAAUAACAAUCGCUUAGUGCAAAAUUAGAUUCUCUUUUAAGAUUUUGGAUUACUAGAGGUGAUAGAUAAGUCAUAUAUAUUCUGCAAGACUUUAUUAAAAAUAGUAUCUAAAAAUUUACUUCAACAUCUACUACUUCUUAUUCUUCCACCACUGUAGCUAAAAGACAUCCUAUUGCGUUUUGACACGUGUCCAGCCUUCUUUUAAUUAUUUUUUUCCAACUUUGCAGGGCCCAUACGACGUCGUUUCUGAAUUUAGGUUUGGUUCUCCUCAUCUGCCAUGAACGAUUUUCUUUUGCGUGUAACCUUUCCCUUUCUACCUGCUCCUCCUGCUCCGCCGAACCAUCCAUCACCUCUUGAUUUCUCUUCCACAACCGUCCUUUUCUCCACAUCAAACCGAAACUCUAGCACUGAUUCUGUGUUUUCGUUCCUAUUUCUACCCACUUCUCACCAAUCCAUCGAUUCUGUCUUCUCCGAUUGAUCUGGCUUUACUUUCGGCCGCCGGUGCACUGUUACGCCGAUUCGGUGGCUCCAUUCAUGGUCCAACACCUCCAUCGAUCUACUGUUGCUUGCUCAUCCUUCUCUCAUUUCAUUACAGUUCCAAGGAGUAAAUCACGGCUAGACUAUCUUUAAAGCCAGUACCUUCGUACCUUCAUUCAUCUGUAUUUCUAUUCCCUUCAUUUUUUUUGUUCUAAUUUGCAUUUUGUAAUACUCAUUUUAUAGAUUCAAGUACCUACCACUGAUAGAGUUGUAGGUCUGCCAGAAAAUCUGUUCAAUUUUGCUAUAAAUACCCCAUGUUGUGAACCCCUCAUUCAUCUGCUUUCCCAUAUCCCAUUUGCUUAUUUCCACUGAUUUCCCCAAUGUCUGCACCUUUCAAUUCAAUUCGAAGCUUAUCCAGAACUUUUUACUUAUCGCAUUGUAUUGUUAGUAUUGGGUAUUAUUCUGAAGCAUUGUAUUGUUAAUGAAACUGUAAUGAAAUCUCGAAUAUUAUAUUGUAUUGUAUUGUUAAGAAUUGUAUUGUUAAUAUUAGGGAAAAGGAGAGAAGCAUUGAAGAUCUGAGCAAAGGUUAUUAUGAAGUGGGAGAUGUUUGCUAAUGUGUUGGACAUUUUUGCUCCUCUUCAAAGUGUCAAUAACACAACCAUAGAAAUACCUAUGCUUCAACUUGGAGUGGAUGAAAGCUAUAACUUGCUGAUUUCUAAAGCCAAGGAGGGUUCUGUUGCUGGGGAAGUCACAAUUGAGGGUUGUUAGGCUUAAGGAGCAGAAGAUCCAGGUCAAGAAUUACUGAUGUAAUGUAACAUUGAAAAGAAAUUUAUGACAUGGAUGCUAUUUUGCUGGUAGCAGGUUGGUGGCAGUUUGUGGUGUUGUGGUGAGUGAAGGUUGUAGAUAAAGCAUGAAAGUUGGUUAAGCAUGAAAUCUUCUUUUAUCUAUAACUUAUCUUGAACUCAUUGAAAAAUUCUUUUAUUCAUCUUUUUACAGCUCUCCCUGAUUAUUAUACCUAUGAUGAAACUACAGAUGCAAAUUCAAGUUCUCAUCAGAAAAUGAAACAUGUAACUAAAGCAAACAUAUAUCAAUAAGGUUAUCAUGUCUGAUCGAGUGCAUUUCUAUGAAAUCCAACCCUCUCUUAUUUUCACUUGAUCUGGAUAGCAAUAUUUUUUGUUUUAACUUCAAAUUAUUUUCCAAAUAGUAUGAAUAAGAUUGUCAUUCACCUAAAAUGACUUUGCUUUUCAAGGGUUGGAUAUAAGAACCAACAUGUGCAGAAGACACUAUGUGAACCUGUUGUUAAUUUUAUGGUUACUGUCAAGGGAUAUUUAGGCGGAAACAUUUUAUCUUUUCAUCAUUGGUGUGUGGUAAAUGUGUGUAUUUCAAACUAUUUGUUAACAUUCGCAUUUCUUAUGUGAUUUUCUAACUCAUGGAAGUGAUAUCCCUGUGGUUUUAAUUGCUAUUUGGUACAGAAUUUAAAGGGAGCAUAUAUCUAAAGGAAAGAAAAGGGUGCAUAUAUCUUGAUGAUGGUCAACCUUCGAUGAUGACGCUUCUUGUCAUCUACUUAGUUUGAUAACAGUCAACCAGUGACAUUGGGAGUUUGUUAAUGUUCUUCAUAUUUUAAGUAGUUGACUAGCUUUUGAAAACUAUAAUUAGUUUAGUUUGAGAUUACAGUUGGAUCUCUUUCUUGAUAUUUUGUAAAUAUAUUUGAAUGUUAUUUGUGAGUACUAUGGUCAUGAUCAUGCAUAGGACAUGACUUUUUUUUUGAGAAUUUAGAAUGUCAGGUUCUAGCAGAAUAGUUACAUGGGUUCAUUAGCAAUAUUCAGGAAAUGCACAUGCAUUCAGUAGCAACAUUGGAGGUGUGAAUAUAAUGUUAUCAUCUGUUCCCUUUUA